AUAAAUGUAACUUUGGUACUCGAUAUUGAGUUAGACUUUAUUAACGUUUGUCAUUUCUUUCUUUUCAGAUGAACAGUGAAAUGAGCCAGUGAUAGUGUUUAGUGAUCAAGAUGGCGGUGAACAGCCCCGGAGGUUAUCCACCCGUUUCUCCUAAACCACACACCCCUAAAAGCCCUCGCCACUUUAUAUUCCCCCAGAAAAGUCCUUCUAUAGCAUCCAGCACGUCUUCGUCCGGAUACUAUACCCCCCAGUCUGGCUGCAGCUAUGACAAGCACAACCAGCCCCCUAAAUCUCCAAUAGCUCACGGACACAGAAGUCCGAUGUCUCCAAGGCACUUUAAUUUCCCCCAAAAGUCCCCAUCCGGCCGGUCGAGUCCUUGCGUCGAGCGCGCCAGCCUGCACUACACCACAUCUCUCAAGCACAGUCGUCGAGAGAAGUCCAGGUCGCCAAAACCGCCUCCCGUGCACAUCCACACGAACCCUGGCUACGUGUCCCCCAACCGUACGAGGAAACUAUACAGUUCUACUUCCACAGUGAGCUCGCCGCGGCUCGUGACGUCACCGAGCAUAGUCUCCAGUCACACAGAUGACUCCACUGACGCAAUGCCAGGCACUCCGUCUGCGAUCCUCACGACGCAGAUGACGAGGCCACGACGAUAUCGUCAAAAAUUUGUCGAAAGUCGACGUCAGAUUUGACAGAUAUGACCGAUGACACGCCUCAUACUCGAUCGACGAGUAUUAGUAGACCAUGUUCUCCGAUGCGUAGAGGGUCCAUGAAGGGAGGUUUGGCGUACUUGGCGAGUAGACGAGGGUCGAGGGAGUCUACCAUGUCAAACUGCGACUCUGUAGAAGACAUAGGUCCGCUGAACUUCCAGAACACUAUGAGGGGUCGUCAGAGGAGGACGUCAAACUUUUUGGAGUUACCAGUGGUGGAACACUCCCGGCCUCGUGUCUGCUCGCUGCCAGAGAAGCCGUACAACCCUCGAGUGUCAGACGACUUGUACCGGCUCCGUACCUUCAGCAUCACCACCAAGGGAGGUGUCGUCAACUGCGGGGACUCCAUCUGUAACCGCAGAAGUCGGUCCAAUACUUCUGUUAAUUCUACUAAUAGCAGAAAACGGUUGGCGCGGUCGUUGGGUAAAUGGCUGCCGCGCAACGUGUCGCGGAUACCAAAAUACAGGGUGGUAUUACUCGGCGACGCUGGCGUAGGCAAGACGGCUCUAGUGUCACAAUUCAUGACGUCAGAGUACAUGAACACAUACGACGCAAGUUUGGACGACGAAUUCGGUGAGAAGUCAGUAUCAGUUCUGCUGGAUGGAGAAGAAUCCGAGAUGAUUUUUAUUGAUCACCCUAGUACUGAGAUGUCGGUAGAGAACUGCCUUUCUACAUAUGAACCCCAUGCUUGCGUCGUCGUCUACUCCGUGGUGGCCAAGAGUUCAUUCACCCGCGCCGCCGAGUUACUGGCGUACCUCGCCCGGGAACAGUUCACUGUGGAACGAACUGUUGUGCUUGUAGGGAACAAGGCCGAUCUGGCUAGAGCUAGACAAGUUUCUACUAAUGAGGGUAAAGCACUGGCGACGUCAAGAGACUGCAAGUUCAUAGAGACAUCAUCAGGGAUCCAGCACAAUGUGGACGAGCUACUGGUUGGUAUCCUCAAGCAAAUUCGACUGAAAGAGAGCAGGGAUAAGAAACACGCCAAGAAAACUGGAAAACAGGAUACGAAGCAGCCUAAACUAGCCAGUUCGCGCACACACAUAUCGCUCAGCAUCGCAAGGGAACUACUGCAAAAGAUCUGCAUAAACGACAUCUCUAAAUCGAAGUCUUGCGAGAACUUGCACGUCCUGUAAUCUUCUGUGCUCCUGGUACCUUAUAAAUGUUGUAGAUGUUUUUUCUUAAUGUUAAUUGUAUAGAGGAUUCUUCCUUCUAAUUUUACUAUCUCGUGUUUUUAAUCAAUGUUCGACUGGUUAUGAACUAAGGAUGAUUCUGUUGGGUAUACGAUAAGCGCUGUAGCUACCUGCUUUGUAACUGGAAUUUUAAUAUAACCAAUCUCUAUGGAAGCUCGUCGGAUGCAGAUUCCAAUUUACUGCAGAAAAUUCCUUGAAAGACUUUCCCUUUGACAUCCCAUUUCAUUUUUUUUACAAAAUGAUCCAGUAAUUUCUAUUCACUAUAGUUAACUUUUGCAAAUGCCGUAUUGUGUCAAGAAAAAGCAGACGUUUUUCCUCUAAACCAUUUACGUCACGUCGAAUAAUUUAUGGCCGAUGUUAUAAAAAGAAUAUUCGUUUGAAAAGUGGGGAAAAUCCGGAGACCCUUGGAAAGAGCGUUGAUUUUCAUACAAAAUAUUCUUAUUUCGGAGGGAAAAUGCCUAAAUAAUAUUAUAUUCUCGGUCAAUUUCAUAUCAUAUGGAUUCAACAAACAAUAGCUUGGCAAUAUCGCGAUCGAUUUUUGGUCAUAUGAAAGACAUUCGAGAAAUUCAUAUAAAUCAGCGUCCAAAUUUAUUGUAUUCCAUCCAUUCAUUGUUGUAAUAAGGUUUCGUUGUCUGGAUUUGAUGAAUUCUUGAGCCCGUCUCUCUUUUAACAUUUAUAAUGCUUAUUAGAAUCAUCAUUUGACAAUAUUAUCAGUCUCUCACAGUUUGAAUUUAAAAGUAAACUUAAGUACGUCAAAGUAAUCUUUUGUUUCAGUUUGAUAAUCUGUCUAUUUAAUUGGAUCGUUAUUCAUAUAAAUGGAUGCGAAAAUUAAUUCGUAGAAUUUCGUGAGAGACUUUUUUUGUUA